AUGUCGUUCGGCGGGCAGACGCCCACUAUCGUCGUUCUCAAAGAAGGGACCGACGCUUCGCAAGGACGAGGCCAGAUCAUAUCCAACAUCAACGCCUGCGUAGCUGUCCAAGCGACAGUAAAAGGCACACUCGGUCCAUAUGGCGGAGAUCUAUUGAUGGUGGAUGAAAAUGGCAGGCAAACAAUUACCAAUGAUGGCGCGACUGUUAUGAAGCUCCUCGACAUCGUACACCCCGCCGCGCGCAUUCUCACAGACAUUGCGAGAUCACAGGAUGCAGAGGUCGGCGACGGGACGACUUCUGUGGUGGUGUUGGCGGGAGAGAUUUUGAAGGAGAUCAAGGAGCAGGUGGAGCAGGGCGUGAGCAGUCAGAUCAUCAUGAAGGGACUACGGAGAGCGGGGAUGAUGGCGGUACAGAAGGUCAGGGAGAUUGCGAAGGAUACAAAGGAGGGCAACCAGAGGGAUACGCUGAGGAAGCUUGCGGCGACGGCGAUGAGCAGUAAACUCAUACAUCGGAAUGCCGACUUCUUCACCAAGAUGGUGGUCGACGCCGUCCUCUCCCUCGACCAGGACGACCUAAACGAAAAACUCAUCGGCAUCAAGAAGAUCACCGGCGGCGCGCUACAGGACUCCCUCUUCGUCAACGGUGUCGCCUUCAAGAAGACUUUCGCCUACGCAGGCUUUGAACAACAACCAAAAUCCUUCUCCAACCCAUCCAUCGUCUGUCUAAACGUUGAGCUCGAGCUGAAGAGCGAAAAGGACAACGCAGAAGUACGAGUAGAGCAGGUGUCAGAGUACCAAGCGAUCGUGGACGCGGAAUGGAGGAUCAUCUACGACAAGAUGGAGGCUCUCUACAAGACUGGCGCCAAAGUGGUGCUUUCGAAACUCCCGAUCGGCGACCUUGCGACACAGUACUUUGCAGACCGAGACAUCUUCUGCGCUGGUCGUGUUGCAUCAGAAGAUCUCGAACGCGUGUGCCAGGCUACAGGCGCAAGCAUUCAGUCCACCUGCUCCGACAUUCAACCUCGCCACCUCGGCACCUGCGACAAGUUCGACGAGCGCCAAAUUGGUGGUGAGCGCUUCAACUUCUUCGAAGGCUGUCCUGGAGCCAAGACGUGCACACUCGUGUUGCGCGGUGGCGCAGAACAGUUCAUCGCCGAAGUCGAGCGCUCCCUCCACGACGCCAUCAUGAUCGUACGACGUGCGAUCAAGAACACCUCCAUCGUAGCAGGCGGCGGCGCGUGCGAGAUGGAAAUCAGCGCCUACCUGCACGACUUCGCCGAUAAGAACGUCCCACACAAGCAGCAGUCCAUCAUCAAAUCCUUCGCCAAAGCACUCGAGGUCAUCCCCCGCCAACUCUGUGACAACGCCGGCUUCGACGCCACCGACAUUCUUAAUAGGCUACGUGUGGAGCACCGGAAGGGCAACAUCUGGGCCGGUGUGGACUUUGAUCACGAGGGCAUUCGGGACAAUAUGGAGGCGUUUGUCUGGGAGCCGAGUCUGGUCAAGAUUAAUGCGAUCCAGGCGGCAGUGGAGGCGAGUUGUCUGAUUCUCAGCGUGGAUGAGACGAUCAGAAAUCAGGAGAGUCAGCAGCCGCAGGCACCGCAGAGGGGGUUGCCGCAGGGUGCUGCGCAGAGGGCUGUCAGGGGGAUGGGGAGAGGGAGGGGAAUGCCGAGUAGAGGGAGGUGA